AAAGAAGACUGCAGUUGCGCAAAACAGAAGUCAUUUCAUCCAUCUAAAACUGCAGUUGUGUUGAACGGAUGAAUAGCCUCUGUUCCGCGUAAUUGCAAUUCUAUUUCAACACAACUACAGUAUCAAUUCAACACAAUUGCAGUAUCAGUCAUUGGACCAUGGCCCACAAUAUAAUUUGGGCUAUAAAUCGCAUGCUUGAAACCUCAACACAACACACCCACAAAUAUCAUUACCUCUCUUCUCCCACAUUGUCCUCUAGCUAGCAACAUGAAGGCCCUCGCACUCUUAUUCGCACUUUCCCUCUAUCUCCUCCCCAACCCAAUUCAUUCCACGCGCAACCCCAUCCGCCUUCCCACCGCCGCGUCAGGCGGCAUUCCGGUGGUGGACGACCACGGACUCCCGCUCCUGCCCGGCACACCUUACAUAUUACGCUCCUGGAAUUGGACCCAUGGAGGACUGAGACUUGUUAGUUUGGACGGGGCGACGACCCAAUGCCCAAGCGACGUGGUCAUAUCGAGCGAUUUAGACGAAAUCGGCAUCCCCGUUAUGUUCACGCCGGCGGACCCCAACGCCCCCGUCGUCUUCGAGUGGACUCCCCAGAACAUCAAAUUCGACAUCCCGACGACCAGACUUUGCGUAAAUAACGUUUCUUGGGAGGCUCAGUACGACCCAAAAUCCGCGCAACGUUUCGUGAAGGCCGGUGAUGUUUUGUCGCACAAUUUCCAGAUUGAGUCGGUCGCACCCACCCUUCACGCUUACAAUAUCACUUAUUGUGAAUCCGGCGCCGACAACUGCUACCCCGUUGGCACACACUACGGUCCCGGCCAGCAGCUGCGUUUGGCUCUAAGUACUGAUCAACCCUAUUGUAUUUCGUUUAUGAAAGCUCGAUUUGCGUAACAGUGUAAUAUGUCCAUCCAAAUUCCAAAAUUUUCUAGAGGGGAUGAGAAAUAGAUAUUUCUCUUUUAAUUUUCUAUCUCUAUCCAUCCAAAUUCAAAAAUACUUAAUAAGGUAGGAGAAGUAUAAAUAUGUCCAAUAAAUUUUUUUAUGAGAAAAUAUAUUGUAUCUUUAGUCUGUCAAUUAAAGUGUAAUAGUUAUUUUUGUCCUUAA